AUGGUUACUAUAAGCAACCAUGAUGGCGGACACGACAAAUGUUCUUGAAGAAAAUAACAGCGAAAAUCCAGACGUUACAAAUGAACGUCUGGCCACUUCUAGGCCCAGUAUUUCAAUUGAAGACGUUGACUUCGCUGAUAAUGCGUUGUCGUCUAAUGUGGAGGAAAUUAAGACAGAAGAAAACGAGCAAGAAGCAGUGGUUGAUGAUUCAACAAAACCCACGGAAAGUACUGACGUGCUGUCAUUGAAACAGAACGAAGAAGAAAAUGAAACACCUUCGGCUAAUGAAAUACAACAAGAAGAAGAAGAAGAGCCAUCAAAUGAGAAACCAGCUGAGCUGGAGAAAGAAGAUGGUCCUCCCCUCGAAACAAUUACACAAAAUCUAUCCCGAGAAGGAAGUGUAGUCUUAUCCCAAACUCCACUUGCACAAGACAUGACUGAGGUACUAGAUGCUGGGGGCACUCCUCCACCUGUUAUUGUGAUGUCAGAAGAUGAUACCACAGACAAUAUUGACAAUGCACCUCAAAUAGUAGACCCUUCUCAACUAAACGAAGAAACGGUAUCAAUUGCUUCGUCUGUCGAGGUGCCAGUUUAUAAUCGUGCAGAAUUGUUUGAAAAAUACCAGCAAGCCGUUGAAGAACGUGCUGCCUUGCAGACUUUAAACGUUCAGCUGCAACACAAGUUGGCUGAAUAUUUCAAAAAGAAAAAGACGGAUGACCGUCAACAAGAAGUUGAGAAAAAUGUCAAUGAUCAGGAACAGAGAUAUAUCAAAUAUUUAGCUAAUCUGGACGAGCUUCAGGAUGAACUUUCACAAGUGCAAAAAAGUUACAUAGAGCAAAUUGAAGAGGCGAAGGAUAAAUGUUCUGAAAAACAAGCAAAAGUAGAAGAAAUCAGAAAUCAAUUCGGCAAACACAAGAUAGAUAUUGCGAAACAAGCUCUAAACAGUAGAUCUUGUCGUCCAAUACCUCCCAAAGACAUCGAGCAAUAUCAUCAACUGGAACAGAAGAAAGAGCACGAAGUCAUGUUGGUUCGUUUGGAAAAUAUAAAGCUCAAGAACAGAUUGAAAAAAAGAGAAAUGCAGCUGAAGGCCAAAGAAGAGCUUGCCGAGGGCCUUCAUCUCAUUGACUUCGAACAAUUAAAGAUCGAAAACCAAACUUACAAUGAGAAAAUUGAGGAGAGAAAUGAGGAACUUUUGAAACUUCGCAAGAAAAUUACUACUACCGUUCAAGUUCUUACUCACUUGAAAGAAAAACUUCAGUUCGUACAGGGUGAAAACAUUGAACAAAGGUAUAAACUGAAGACGGUUGACGCAUGCGUCGCCCAGAAACGUGACAUUUUAACACGGACAAAGCAAGCACGUGAUGCUUUACGUAUUGAUAACGUAAAAUUACGUCAGAAAUGUGGUUUGCUCGGAAAUGAACCAUUACUCCGCGACUACGAAGAAAGAAGAGACGAGAGCAUCAUUCUUCAGAAACAAGUUGAAAAUCUAAAGUUAAAACAUGCUGAACUAACAAUGAAUGCUAAUGGUGUCAAGAAAAAAAUAGAAGAAAUCCGGAUACUGCAUUCUUAACCAUUAUGGGAAGAGUAAUGACAGUUUUUUAACUUAUGUCAUAGAGGUAUGUAAGCUUGUCUUUAAUAUUAUCUUCUAUUGGAAACCCCUAAAGAAAUGCAACUACAUUUUAUAAAUUUUGACUAUUUUCUUUAUUUAUUCACAUUAACCCUUCUAAUUCCAGCAGAGCUUUGUAACUUACCUACUGUGUACUAUAAAUUAAAUAUAAUUAAAUAUAAAUAAAUUAAAAUGACAAAAAAUUACCAGAUGUAACUUGUUGGAUGGGUUGUUAUAUUGUAUUUAAGCAAUGAAAAAGUUGAUAUUGUUGUGCUUCAAA